AUGGCAAAGUUAAAUAAACAAGUUGGAAUAGUUUUAGUGAUGUUAAUGCUGGUGAUAGGAAUAUCAGAGUGUCGCAAAGUCAAAGAAGAAGAGUUUCUAGAAAGUAUUGGUGGUGGAGGAGGGUUUGGAAAAGGAGGUGGACAUGGUGGUGGUAUAGGAGGAGGUGAAGGUGGUGGAUUUGGAGAUAAUGGUGAUGUAGGAGGCGGUGGUGAAAAAGCUGGCGGAUUUGGAGGUGGUGUGGGUAGUGGUAAUGGUGGAGGAAUUGGAGGUGGUGUUGGUGGAGGCCAUGGAGGAGGUGGAGGUUUAGGAGGAGGUGGCGGAUCAGGUGGAGGCUUUGGAGGCGGCAAAGAUGGUGGUAUAAGAGGAGUUGGAGGUGGUGCUAGUGGUGGAGCCAGAGAUGGCUUUGGUGGAGGACAUGGAGGUGGCAUUGGAGGAGGAGUAAGUGGUGGUGUAGGAGGAGUCGAGGAUGGUUCUAGCGGUGGGGUUGAAGGUGGAUUUGGUGGAGGUCAUGGAAGAGGCGUUGAAGGAGGAGCCGGUGGUGGUGGCAAAAAUGGUGGAGGUGUUGGUGGAGGCCAUGGAGGAGGUGUUGGAGGAAAAGUCAGUGGUGGUGAAGGAAACGGAGGAGGUGUUAGAGGUGGUGCUAGUGGUGGAUUUGGCGGAGGCCAUGAAGGUGGCAUUGGAGGAGGAGGUGGUGGUAGUGGCAAAGGUAUAGGAGGAGAAGUUGGAAGUGGUGCUGCUGGAGGCCAUGGAAGUGACAUUGAAAGAGGAUCUGGUGAUGGUAGAGGUGUAAGAGGAGAAGUUGGUGCUGGUGGCGGUGCCCGAGGUGGACUUGGUGGAGGCCAUGGAGGAAGUGUUGGUGGUGGCAAUGGACACAGUGGAGGUGUAGGAGUUGGAGGUGGUGCUGGUGGUGGAGUCGGAGGUGGAUUUGGUGGAGGUCAUGGAGGAGGAGUCAGUGAUGGCGGAGGAAACAGUGGUGGUGUAGGAGUUGGAAGUGGUGCUGGUGGUGGAGUCGGAGGUGGAUUUGGUGGAGGCUAUGGAAGAGGAGUUGUUGGUGGUGGUGGAAACGGUGGAAGUGUAGGAGUUGGAGGUGGUGCUGGUGGUGGAGUCGGAGGUGGUGCUGGUGGAGGUCAUGGAGGAGGAGUCGGUGGUGGUGGAGGAAACAAUGGUGGCGUAGGAGUUGGAGGUGGUACUGGUGGUGGAGUCGGAGGUGGAUUUGGUGGUGGUGGAAACGGUGGAAGUGUAGGAGUUGGAGGUGGUGCUGGUGGUGGAGUCGGAGGUGGAUUUGGUGGAGGCUAUGGAGGAGGAGUUGUUAGUGGUGGUGGAAACGGUGGAAGUGUAGGAGUUGGAGGUGGUGCUGGUGGUGGAGUCGGAGGUGGAUUUGGUGGAAGCUAUGGAGGAGGAGUCGGUGGUGCUGGUGAAAACGGUGGAGGUGUAGGAGUUGGAGGUGGCUUUGGUGGAGGCUAUGGAAGUGGAGCUGGUGGUGGUAUAGGUGUGGGAGGUGGCUUUGGUGGAGGCUAUGGAAGUGGAGCUGGUGGUGGUAUAGGAGUCGGUAUUGGUGGAAGUCUUGUAAAAGAAGGUGGCGGCAGCAAAGAUGGUGGAUUCUAA